AGUUUUAUGUCAUUAUUGUGAGCCCUUCGGUAUGGAUAGAUUCUACUUUUUACAGCAGCACAAAUUUGAUUUUCUUCACUGUGCUAUGUGUGAAAACAACAUUUGCAGCUUACUGCUGAGAGACCCAACAAAAAACACAUAUUAUGACAAAAAAAUGAAAAGUAGUCCAGAAAGGGACCAUUUUACCAGCCAAAAGACAUUUACGGCUGACAAGUUUGAGGUUGCAACACAUUUAUCAGCAAGAGCUAUCUAGCGUUUAGGAUUUCUGUCGCGAGCCCAGACCUUACGUCAUGGAGCUCUGAGUCGAGAGCAGGCCUGGUUACAGUUCAAAGUCCCAUAGGGGCCACGCUUCAAGCCCACUCUGAUUUCUACUGAGUUAAAGAUCCACAAUGCAAGGUUGUGAUGGAUUUUUGAAGAUUGCAGGAAAAAAGCAACAAGGCAAAAGGAGUGAAGGACUGGAGGCAGAGGCGGAGGGAGGAUCACAUUUCUUUAAAAGCACUCCAAUGUUUCAACUCCUGCUUGAUUUCCUGAGGGCCCACUGCUCUGUUUUGGGGUGGGGAGUUUGAUUUGCAUAUGCUCCACCCCCCCUGUUCUGAUUGGCUGGGUCCUAUCCUGCAUGUUUCAUCACAGAUCCAAACUUCCUCAGUGCUCUCCUUGCUUUACUUUGUAGCUACAGGCUGAUGAAGCGGGACACUGGGAGCCAGCAGCUGUCUGUGAUUCAUGCAGUAAGCUGUGAGUGUGUGUAAGAGAGGGAGGCAAUAGCUCUAGUUAUAGGGUUCUGUAAUUUCGUUAUCUGACUAAACUUAAGGGCUCUAAGGUUGUUGGUAUAAAAGGGAUUUAGGGUUGUCUUUCUUUCAUUUAGUCUUUAAUUCAAAUCUGUUUUGUUAGGAAAAAUAUUAGAUUGUUUCAUUGCUAGAUUGAGCUGUAAUUGUUGGUAUAUUUUGUGCUGAUAUGCAGAGCUUGGUAAAAGUGUAAGAAUAUGGGUAGAUGAGCUGUUUGAUUCAUGGCUUAUAUUGAUAAAUGUAUUUUAUGUUUUGUCGAUUUAUAACUAAAAUAUUUGACUUUUUUACUGUAUCGGGCUAUUUUAAAAGGAUAUAUUUUCUAUCAAUAGUUUAGUUUUUUCACCAGUCAUUAUUUAAAUUGAAGAAGGGGAAAUAAGUAGUUUUUUGUGGGUGUUAGCCAUGCCCUUUUAAAUGCUGGACAGGACCGUAACAUCUCACACAGUCAUGCUGCUGGCUCUACUGCUGGUUCUGUGGCUUAUUUCUGGGGCCCAGUCUUCAGACCCGGCCCCAUUAACUGUCAUGUACCAAGUCUGGGAGGAGCAGCCUGUGGGCACCAGGGUUGGCCGUCUGGUCGAUGACCUGCGUCAGAGAGGCGAGACCGGGGUACUGGAGGAUUUCCAGGUCGUGGAGCAUGGUCAAGCCCUGCCUUUCUCCAUUGGAGUAAGAGAUGGAACUGUCGCCACCCUAGGCCAGCUGGACCGGGAGGAGCUGUGUCGAGGCUCGGACCUGUGUGAGCUGGCCUUCAGUGUCCUCUACAGGAAAGGUGGUGUUAUCCACUUCCUGAGGGUGCGGGUGGAGGUGAUGGACCUAAAUGACCACAGCCCAACUUUCCCCAGCAGCCAGCAGGAGAUGGAAAUCUCUGAGAUGGCCACAUUGAGGAUGCGGAUCCCCCUGGACCGAGCGGUGGACCCGGACGCCGGCCCCAAUGGUCUGCAGACCUACUCGCUGUCCGUCAACCAGCAUUUUGCCCUAGAUGUAAGGAGCGCUGUGGAUGGGCCAAAGCAGGCAGAGCUGGUGGUGAUCAAGGAGCUGGACAGGGAGGUGCAUUCCUCCUUCGAGCUGACUCUGGUGGCCUGGGACAAGGGGAAUCCUCCCAGGUCGGGCAGUACUCUGGUCCAGGUCAACGUCUUGGACUCUAAUGACAACAGCCCCAUGUUUGAGGAUAGCACCCCCACUGUGGAACUAGCCGAGGAUACAGCUCGUGGGACUAGCGUCAUCAACCUCAAGGCCACGGACCCUGACCAAGGGGCCAACGGGGAGGUUGAGUACUCUCUAAGCAAGCAUGCGCCACCUGAGGUGCAGAAGCUUUUCAGUAUCCACCCCCAGAGUGGGGUAGUGACUUUAAAAGGCCCACUGGACUAUGAAGCCAAACACUUUUAUGAGGUGGACAUCCAGGCGCGUGAUCUUGGGCCCAACGCCAUCCCCUCUCAUUGUAAACUACACAUCAAGCUAAGGGAUGUCAAUGAUAAUGCACCAAGGAUCCAUGUCACUUGGACACCCCCUGAUUCCCCAGUGGCAACUGUUUUAGAAGGUGCACCAGAGGACACGUUCCUUGCACUGGUGAUGGUCUCUGAUGCAGACUCCGGGGACAACGGGAAUGUGCACGCCCACAUCCAGCAUGGAUCCGGCCACUUCCGCCUCAAGAAAAUCCAUGGCGACAAUUACAUGAUCGUAACCAAUGGCACCCUGGAUCGGGAAAAGGUCAUGGAGUAUAAUCUCACAUUACUUGCCCAGGAUUACGGUGACCCGCCACUGUCAUGUGUUAGACACCUAGUUGUCCAUGUGUUGGAUGAGAAUGACAAUGCCCCUGUGUUCUCCAAGUCCCACUACAGGGCUUCCUUCAAGGAGAACAAUACCGUGGGGCUCCAGGUCCUCAAGGUAGAGGCCAAUGAUGUGGAUAUUGAGCUCAGCGGCAGGGUGUCCUUCUCCAUCCGAGAGUCCAAUGAGCUGGGACCUCCCAUGGCGUCUUUCGCCAUCCACCCCACCAGUGGUGUAGUCAGCGCCCAGCAGUCAUUGGACUAUGAGGAGUCGCCCACAUACUCCUUCAUUGUGGAGGCCAUAGACCAUGGGCAUCCACCCCUCACCAGCACCGCCACGGUACUCAUCGAGAUCCAGGAUGUCAACGACAACUACCCCGUCAUCAAGGAGCCGAUGCCAAAGAAAGGCAUAGCCUUUGUGAGUGUCCUGGUCAACGAGGAGAAGGGGGAGAUAGUGACACAACUAGGGGAUGGUGCUGAAGAAGGCUCCCCCGAUCCUCAUACUGGUCGCUCUGUCCAAAAUGGAUUUAUGGGAUUCCUGGCCACUACCAUCAAGGCUAAUGAUCCAGACUCUGGCCUGAAUGGAAGACUCAGCUACAUGAUCACAGAUGGAAACCCCACAGGACUAUUCAGACUCAAUGACACCACCGGACAACUGUAUGUUAACACGACCAAUGCUACAGAGCUCAUUGGGAAAACUUUCAAAGUGGAUAUUGCUGUAUCGGACAAGGGUUCUCCAAGGCUAUUGACAAAGGCCACCUUGGAGGUGGCUUUCAUCAACUUGCGGGACCAUUUGAAAAACUCAGCCCCUGGUAACCAUGGUAAGCUGAGUUUCACCAUGAUGGUGGCCAUCUGCCUUGGGGCCAGCUGCAUCCUGCUUCUCCUGGCGGUUGCCUUGGUGACCACCUUCUGUCGCCCCACGAAACGAGACAACCAUUCCUACAACUGCAGGACGGCCGAGUCCACCUACACGAGCCACCCUCGCCGCCCACAGAAAAACAUCAGGAAGACAGACAUCCAGCUGGUGCCAGUCCUGAGGGGACGAAGGGAGGACCCUCCAGAAGAUGACGAAGCCCAGCCCCUCUCCCCUAUGCUCCUUGUGGUUGAAGAGCAAAACACUGAAACGCAGUACAGCGUUGCCAACUCCAUGAACCCAACAGUCCACUCCCAGGCCUACCCAGAGGGGGGAUCAACGCUACCAGUCUCCCAUUCCAGAACACUCAGGAAACCUGGGAGCAUCGAGCUGGAUGGCACUCUUCCUUGGACCCCUGCCAUUCCUUACCGAACCCUGCGUAAGGCAAGAAACCCUUCAUCAUCCUCCUCACUGUAUCAGACCAGUACCCUGAGGCGACAUGGGAACUCUGAGAUCCAGGUUAGCCCCGACGUUGAAGUGCCAGAAACAUCGUCCCAGGUGGCAACACUUAGAAGGCCCAAGAACACAGAUACCAGAAGUGGACUUGACGCUGAAGACCACAGACGGAUGCUGAGGAAUCUGGUCCGUCUCUCCAUGGCUGCCUUCGGAGAGAACUCCAUUGAGUUGUCUGCUGCCUCUCCCGAAGUGCAGCAGGUUUCUCAGCUCCUCUCCCUGCUCCACCAGGGUCAGCUGCAGCCAAGACCAAACUUCCGAGGCAACAAGUUCUCCCAGCGUGCUGGCAGGUCUUACGCUCAGGACACUGAUUGGCAGAGCACCAAGGACAGCGGUCAUGGUGAGAGUGAGGCCGGAGACAUGGACUGGGACAUGGGCCGAGACUCCCCUGUCGACCCACUACUGGAGGAGGGGCUUAAUAACCUGCUCAACAACCCUGAUGACGUCUUUGCUGACAUAGAGGACCCUGCGUGGAUGUCCCGCCUCUCCCUCCCCCUAACGGCCGACUACCACGAGAAUGUUUUUGUUCCCAAUGGGCCACCGUCCCCUGAAACCCAUUGCUCCCCAGACACCCUUGACUCUGCCUCCUUCUCCACCUUCGGUAAGAAGCCGGAGGAUGGCUCACUGGGCGGGGCCUUGAUCUCAGAGGUCAACACUUUGUUUAAUAUGCUCCUGACCCAGAAAGGCGACUCCCAGCCCCGCCCCUCGCCAGACGUGCUCUACAGACUGUCCGCCACCUACCGGCGCUCGCUGGGGCUGGAAGGAGAUACCGCCGCAGCAGGGGGCGCCAACACACAAAGGAACUCUGUGAACCCCGAAAAGAGGUCCCCUCUGGCUCAAUGCCCUUAGGCCCAACCCCUGGUAUGAGAACAGUUGCCUCAACGUUACUUGAUCGAUUAUUGUGUGUUUGGAUGCCUAAGACCCCCCCCCAAACUGAUGACUUUGUUUUACAUGUUGCUGAAAUGACUGAACUGCUCAUGCUUACAACAGCAACUCCCCUCCUUCUCCUAACAUAUCCCCAUUAAGCUCUGACAGCCUGCUUCCCUGUAUGAAACAGGACAAGAUCAGAAGAGGGAGAGGAGUUAACCAAAGGCCUUUAUUCAGUGCUGGAAAAAGCACAAUGUACUAUACAGUACUCCCUACAUAGAAAAGUGUACAUUUACCUUGAGAUAAAUGUUACACAAUGAAACCGUCUUCCUCAUGUGGCACAUACUCCUCUGUAUCAUUCUGAUGCAACAAAGAUUCACUUUCUGUCUCUCGUCAGAAGUGUUUCUCAGUGGGAGCAACAACAUGGUGCUAUCCGUUGUUAGCGUUGUCCAUGGUAUGAAUGGCUGAGUUUAGCAGCCCCAAGCAAAGAGCCCAAGAAGGAAACCGCUCUCUCUCUUCUCUGAAGACAAAACACUAACAACAUUAAGUCCUGUUCCUGAGGAGAAAUGUCUGUCACAUUGGACCUAGUCUGCCGACACGUCCUUCACCACCAUUUUGAGAAAUGUUUCCAUUAUUGAUUACUAUUUGUAUUUACUCAAGUAAAUUAUUUAGCUACUGAAAAAUGUAGUAUUUACAGAGGUAUAAAUGUUUGUCUGUGUAGGAAACACUUACAGUACCUUCGGAAAGUGUUCAGACCCCUUGACUUUUUCCACAUUUUCUUAUGUUACAGCCUUAUUCUAAAAUGGAUAAAAUACAACAACAAAAAAUCCUCAGCAAUCUACACGAUGUACCCCAUAAUGACAAAGCGAAAACAGGUUUUUAGAAAUGUUUGCAAAUCAAAUUUUUUAAAUGUUUAAAAAUCAGAAAUGCCUUAUUUAAAUAAGCGGCCAGACUGAAACCGCCACUCAGUAAUAGGUACAUGACAGCCGACUUGGAGUUACCCGACUUGGUACAUGACAGCCGACACCUAAAGACUCCCAGACCAUGAGAAACACGAUUCACUGGUCUGGUGAAACCAGGUUUGAACUCUUUGGCCUGAAUGCCAAGCGUCACGUCUGGUGGAAACCUGGCACCAUCCCCACGGUGAAGCAUGAUGGUGGCAGCAUCAUGCUGUGGGGAUGUUUUUCAGUGGCAGGGACUGGGAGACUAGUCAGGAUCUAGACAAAGAUGAACAAAGGCAAAGUACAGAAAUCCUUAAUGAAAACCUGCUCCAGAGAGCUUAGGACCUCAGACUGGGGUGAAGGUUCACCUUCCAACAGGACACACAGCCAAGACAAUGCAGGACUGGCUUUGGGACAAGUUUCUGAAUGUCCUCUCUGGCCCAGCUCUCUGGCUGAUUGAUAAAAUGCAUGCAUGUUUGUUGUCCGUAGCUUAUGCCUGCCCAAACUAUAACCCCACCGCCACCAUAGGGCACUCUUGAACCUGAUCGAACGUCUCUGGAGAGACUUGAAAAUAUCUGUGCGGCAAUGCUCCCCAUCCAACCUGACAGCUUGAGAGGAUCUGCAGAGAAGAAUGGGAGAAACUCCCCAAAUACAGGUGUUCCAAUUUUGUAGCGUCAUACCCAAGAAGACUCAAGGCUGUAGUCGCUGCCAAAGGUGCUUCAACAAAGUACUGAGUAAAGUGUUUGAAUAUUUAUGUGAAUGUGAUGUUUCAGUUAAAAACAUUUUUUUAUAAAUAAGCAAAAAUUCAAAAAAUGUGUUUUUGCAUUGUCUUUAUGGGGUAUUGUGUGUAGAUUGAUGAGGGGAAAGAAACAAUUGAAUCAAUUUUGGAAAAAGGCUGUAACCGAACAAAAUGUGUAAAAAGUCAAGGGGUCUGAAUACUUUCCGAAGGCACUGUAAAAGCCUUGUUCUCAUUUGCAGCUUGAAGUUACUCAAAUCCAAUAUUUUUGCAUAACCGAUUCGAAUCUGUUCUUUAUCCUGCAGUCUGAACAGCUAAAAAAGCACAUGGAAUCUGAUAUUUCAAGCCACAUUUCAAACCACUUUCGUAGGUGGUUAGAAGUCCGAUACAAAACUUAUUCCUGGCCAUGCGGUCAAAUCUGAUUUAUUUGCCCUCAAGUGGUUUUUAGACUCUUAUUUGGCAUAUCUUGUUGCUUGCUAGCUACUCUGUUGACAGUUUGCCAAGAAAAUGUAGUAGCUAACUAGCUUGUUAAAUGUUUACAAACAAAUGAGUGAAUGUGCUAGAAAGCUAAACUGCUACCUAGCUAGCUAGUUGACUGCUGUGGCUCGACAAAAAGGACUCGUUUUGAAAGUUGGAUCAUCUUAUCCUUUGAGGCCUUAAGUGUUCUCACACUAUGAUGUUGACCAUUCAAAACACCUGGGAAACAUCCAUGGCAGGCAUUGUCACCUUAGCUUGCUACAUAACUUCUGAGUGAUAGGAAGCACUUGCACCAAUCGGCCUACACCAGCGCGCGCACACCUGUCUUUACUAUGACAACUAGCUUAGUCAUGUCAGCAAAUUACUGCCAUCUGAACACAUAUAAAUCCUAUUUGGUCACUUAUAACGUGCUAUUUGGACAGUCAGUAUUCCAAAACUGAUUUGAGCAUUAUAGGCCUGCAGUGUGAACAAGGCAUUAUACACCCAGGAUUUGGCUUCAGAUAUUUGAAUGGCUGUAAAAGUGUUAUAAAUUAUAAUUUUUCUGACGAAAGGUGUCAUUUGUAAUCUUGCUCAGGAGAAUAGGGAGUUUUUGUUGCCAUAAAUCAAACCAGCAGCACUUUGUACAUUGUAUUUUCCAAUACAUUUUAAUACAAUCAUUUUAAAACGGCA